AUGUUACGAUGCGCGCUCUUCCUCUACCUCUCUAUUGUUGCCUUUGCCAACACUGAGAUAUCCAACUUCUACGCCAGUUCAGCCGUCCAGGCACCGAUAAUUGCUAGCAGAGAAUGGGCAGCCCUCAGCGCCAGCGCCAACCAAAGGCAAUAUGAGAUUGUACCAGCACCAUUGGGAACGCCCAUAUCGGCUGUAUGCCCAACGUCACCCUGCUCACACGAACUCUGGCUCAAACUGGACCUAUCCAGCGAUGCCUGGCAGGAAUUCACGAAAUUUACGCUACGCAUAUCCUGGGCCGCAUAUAAUCCAGCUGAUUUUCUCAUUGACAUCCUUGACGGGGACUCCAUCACCAGCGCCAAAUCUUCCGACCCGCCGACGCGUCUCAAAUAUGCCAGAAUACGCCUUGUUGAUACCGGUGUUCUUACUCCCGGUAAAUCUGUCGACAGGUCUACUCCUAUACCUUUCACGGUGGUCCUCGAACCGCUGUACUUUGGUGUCCUUCCGGCGUCUGUUGUCCCCAUUCUCUACUUCUUGGUCCCAGUCGUGUUGCUAGCCGCGCUAACUCUACCUUGGAUCAAUGCUUACCUCGAAUCUGUUGCUCUGAAAGCUAGGAGGGAGAUACGUCUCUCGGCCAUGGGCAUCAAACAGCGAUGA